AGAGUUUGUGAAGUUAGGGCUUGCAGAGUUAGAAGCUUGGCUCUACAAGAGAUCAGUACCCCUAGUGUAAAUAAAUUUGAUUUUGAAACUUGACGUACGCGUUUGCGUUUAGUCUCAUUUUGUAUUGGAUUUAGAAAGAUCGCGCCAAGCGGGACGUUUUGGAAACUCAAAAUCCUAUACAAAAUGAGACUUAACGCAAACGCGUUCGUCACGUUAUGAUGUCGAUAAAAUUUACACUAGGGGUACUGAUAACUUUUUGCCAGUGCGAGCCUUAUGGUUUCGUCUUGGCAACAUUUUACAUGAAAAUGUUUUUGAUGAGAUUCCAUUUUAAGAUAAACUCUACGAAGUAAGUAAUUAUAUUCUCUUUGACUUUCACAAUCAGCUGUCAAAAGUUGUCGCGAGAUCAGUCAAAAAAUAUCAACAAAACAUGUUUUCGGCCCGUAUUUCACCCUAUUUUUAAAAUGUACAAAAAACACAAAACUUUUCAAAACCGACACCAAAUUUCAAGGCCAAUGAUAUGUUACUAUACGCGGCUACCACUAUAGGUAUAAUGCUAGUAGCUUCAUCAGCCGUUGUGUGUCCCAUCUGGUGUAAGAGUAAGGAACCAAGAUUGCAGUCCACAAAGUAACACACAGACCUCAAAUAGUGCAAUGUGAGACUGAAGGAAUGGUAAGGGCAUACAUGGCAGGGCAGUCAUACCCACAGACAAGCAAGAUGGCCUCCAAGCGCAACAGAACGACGCAUUCGUGUCGUCGUUGUGAGGACAAGGGAGAGAGAUGGAGCUACAAAGUGUACAGGGAACUCUUGGAGUUUGGGCACAUAGCGCACUGCAAGAUGCACCUGUGUUCCAAGAUGAAAGAGAGGCUGGACCAUCAUCGGAUGAGCUGCCCUGCGUUCCGGGCUGACAGUAGACAGACAGUGACCGCCAGGCCUCAAGGAAAACACACAAUUGACCAAGCAUCGUCUACUGCAAGAAAUACAUCGAUAGGAGUAUCUACUCGCCGAAUGAAUCCCCAGAAGAAAAAGCCCAGAAUCAAUUCUGUGCAAACUAGUUUUACCUUUAACGAUCUCAUUCCUUCCUUUAAAAAAGAUACUGAAAUACAAUCCGCUCAAACUGACUUGACUUAUAUUAAGAAUACCGCUAAUAAUGAAGCUAAUCAGACUGAGAAAGAAAACGAUCGCAAACAAUACGGAACAUCUAUCAAACUGAAUGACACUCGCGAAGGUAUAAGCGAUCCCAUAAAACGAAAUAAAACCCGUGAAGACCCACCACGAAGAAAUGAAUAUAGUAAUAGAAAAACUGAAAUUGAAGUCAAUGAAACUCACAAAGCCUUAAGCAAUCCUAAAAAACAAAAUGAAACUUAUGAAGAUCAAUCAAGAAAAAGUGAAUACAGAGAUCAAAAAACUGAAACUGUACUUGAUGAAAGUCACGAAGAUAUAAGCAAAUUCCUUCCUAUGGAACAAAGUGAAACUCGUGAAAACAAAAUAAGAAGACAUGAAUAUAGUGUUCAACUGAACGCAGUAAUUCAUGAAUUCUUUCAUGAUAUUCCAGUGUUUCCAAAUACAAGUGAAGAGGUUAAGCAAAAACGAUUGCACAUUAUUGUUGAUUUUGUAGAUAGAAUUGCUGAUCUAUUUAUAUUUAUUAAUGAUGAAGAUUACUAUGAUAAACUGGAACGUAAAAUUGAAGAAUGUUUACAAGUUCUGCCUAUGUGGGAACCAAAAUCUAAGCAGGACAAACUUGAAUUUAAAAACUAUCUAGAAGACAGAUUGUUCACAAUAAUAAAGACAUUUAAUAAAAAAUGGCAUGGUUUUAAAAUUAAGAGGAAAGAGAAUAUUGAAAAAGAAAUAAUUAAUUUUGCACAGAAUUAUCUCAAAAGUACUACUGAAAAGGGCGUCCUAAGGAAAAAACUAAUAAAGAAAAUAAAUCCAAUACUAGAAUCCGGGAUCAACGAAAAACAUGCUAUGAGAGAAGAAAUUGUCAAUAUCUUAGAAGAACUAUCACCUUACUUGCAAUUGCCUCGUGACAAAGAUGUUAAUGUAUUAGCUGGUGAUUUAACAAAACUUUUAAGUGAUUCAGAAGAAAAAUAUGAAUUUGGCGAUGAAUACAAAUAUACAAAAGACAAUGUUUCAAAUGAUUAUCAAUUAGGAGAAAAAGCGGAAGAUGAAAUUAUCAGUGAAAUCACUAAUAUUAUGUUCGCCUAUGACGAUAUAGACAUGCUUAGCAAUAGACGUAAUGUUGUUAGAGAAAUACGACGAAUUCUCAAAUUAUCAGGAGGAUUUUCAGAUUCUGAAACAUCAAGUUUGGCCAAAACUUUGAUUACAAAUGUAAGAGGCUGUUUUGAUGAAGAUAUACAAAAAGAUUAUACAAAAAACGGUGGAUACAGCCAUUCCAACUCAGUUCUGGUAUUAACAUCAGAGCAAGAUCUAACAGAAAAGAGUGAUCCUCCAUUUCACUCAACUCCUAAAAACCAUGUACGAAAUAAAGAAAUUCCGAGACUCAACAAAGCAGAAAAAAAAAUCAUUGAAAAAGUAUCAGCAAUCAUCAGAACCUGGCUUGAUACUACAGACGUAUCUUUUGAGACAAUGGAAGAACAGACGUUUAAAGAAACUGUGGUUGACGAUAUGGCGAAUGACGUUCAUAGCCUCGUAAAACAAAUUGUCCAAUUACAAGUACCUGGUGGUCCGAGAAUAAAUGAAACAGCAUUGAAUAAGAUAAUACUAAAAGGAAUAAGGAAAUAUGACCUAUUUACACGACCUAUGACUGGGGAGUCAGCGCAAGUCGUAGAUCUUAGACAACGUAUCAUGGCUCUAGAUACUGAUGAUUUAUUAGAUAAAUCUGAAUUUUUGGAACCGCAGCACGGCAACAGACAAGCUAUGGAAAAUAUAAAGUUCAGAAAUGCUAAUGACAUGAGAAAUGACCCAGAUCCCAUUUACCGACCUAAUACAUUAGAUAUACUUGAAGAUAAUAUAUCUGUUUGGAUGAAUGAACAACCGUCUGAUGUGUAUAAGCCUUGUGACAACUCAACUAAGCACAAAUUAAUGCGAGAAGUUGCUACUAACAUACAAGAAAAAAUUAUAAAUAAAAGUUCUGACAGUGACAUAAAAAAUGAAUUAAAGCAAUGGUUAAAUAAAAUAGUAAAACCACAAAUGCUAAGAAAUGUUGAUGUAGUGUUGAGUUGCUCACUCGUGAGGCACCUCAUUUGUACCACUCAUUUAGUUAAAUUGUCGCAGAACUUCACACCGCAUAAAUGUCAUACAUCACUCUAUGUUGAUGGAUUAGCAGAAAAUCUGAAAGACAGGAUUGUUAAGCUGCCUCAAGAUGAGACUCUGAACAGAGUUCAUCAGAAAAGGAUUGAUAAACAGAAUGAAGAUAUUGAGGCUGAGGAUAAACUAACCGAGUUUGUUGACAAAUAUAUACGCCGAUAUAAUAUAAAUGAUGAUGUUGUAAAUGGCGUUUUAAAAUUAAUGUUAUACAGAGAGUUAUACAAAAUGAGUCCAACAACAAGAGAAGAGCUAUACAUUAACAGCAGUAAUGACGAUUUUAAUACUGAUGAGUUUCGCAAGGAACUAGAAAUAUCUAUUGAAAUAAAUGACUGGCUGAAGAACAUACCUUUUUACUAUCCUUUACUCAAACCGGGACGUGAAACUAUAGAAUUCGUUCACAUUCUUGCUAGAAAUAUUGCUAACAUAGAAUUUGAGCGAAUUAAGUAUCCAAAUAAAAUGAAUUACAAUUCUUGGUUAUAUACUCAGAUAGCAACGUAUAUGCUGCAGAAAGAAGCGGCAAUUGCAAAUGAUGAAGACAAGCUUAAAAUAGAUCACUACGCAGGACAGCUAUAUAUGCGUAUUAUAAAUCUACGGAAAGAUGAAGAAAAUACAGAUGAAUUAUGUAAAAUAAUUACAGAGCAUAUGAAGAAGUAUGAUACUUUAUUAGCAAAAGAUUAUCUGAAGAAAAUAUUAUGGCGUCGUCGGUUAGCUGAUAAUGUGAAGAAAUUGUUGCUCGAAAACCCUGCAGCUUCCCGUGCUGAAGUAGAGAAGGCACUAGCAAUGACAACUUUACCACGCGACGAUUCUGUAUUCAAAUAUAAGAUGGAAAUUAAAUAUAAUAUAACUAUUCAUGACUGGCUACACGCUUUCCCAUUAGUACCACCAAAAGAUAACGAAGAAGAACAUAUAAGGAAAAAUAAGAUUCAAGAACUAUUACAAAAAAUAAUAGAAACAGAUGAAAGAAAAGCUGACCAUCCUGACGAAACACGAGCUGAUGAUGACUUAGAUAACUACAUAGCUUCUUGGAUAUCCCAGUUGCAGUUUGAGGAAGAUGCUGACAUAAACAUCCCUGUAAUGAUUUCACAAUUGAGGAGUGGGUUGGAGUAUAUCAAAUGGUCUGAAAUACAGCCAAAGCAAACUUCGGAGCAUGGACUUACCAGGUCAAUUUAUGUUUAUAUGAGCAGACAGCACUCAAACAUUUGUAGCCCCAAACAAAAAGAUCCAGGAGAGCAAAUGGUAGAAGCUAUCGAAAACUGGUGUAACAAUUUGCCAAUAAAAGAAGAAAGUAAUGAAGCUACGAAAGCUAAGAAGGAACAAGUUGCCAUAAAUAUAUUUCAAAUAUUAGGAUCGCUUAAUGAUGACUCUCGACUUGCUUAUGAUAAUAAAAAGCUUAAAAAUAUAUUGGAUAACGAAAUUGAAGCACAGUUAGAGAAUUUGUCACAGCAUAAAGGUAUCAACAAGAACAAAGAAAAAUUAAAAGGUGAUUUAGUUAAUAAAAUAAUGGAAAUAAAGACCAUGAUUAGAGAUAUAACUGCUGGUGAUGAUUAUGUUCAGACUCUUGAAAAUACUAUAGAUGCUUCAUUGCCUAAUCCUCAUCACCGAUCUACUAAGUAUGACCCCAGUUAUGAACUAUUCAAAAAGAGGAUGGUUAUGCUUUGGCUUCUAGAAAAUUAUGACUAUGCUGUUGAUUAUCACUCCAUGAAAUACAAAAAAAUGCUUUCGAAGGAAGUACGUACGCUAUCCGAAGAGGUUCAAAAUAGAAAUCUUAUGCCAGCAGACAAAGAUGAGAUGAUGAAUGAUAUAAUGAGCGCAUUUUAUACGGCCAAUCCCCCUAAUGAAGAUGCAAUAGUUGAUGAAAUUGAAAAUAUAAAACUUAGAUGUGAAAUUGAGAUAUGGGCAAACGAAUUGCCAUUAAAGGAGGCUUCAAAUUAUAACAAAGUAUUGGAACGUGAUCAGAUACUGACUAUAUUGAGCAAACUGUUGUUUGAUAUUGUAAAAAGAGAAGAAUGUGAUGCAGGCGACAAAAUGCGAUUGGAAAUAAUUAAAUGGACACAAAAACUACCCCUAAUAUCCGGAGAGAAGAUUAAUGUAACCAAAUACGCUGAAUUACUAAUGUGUUUUCUAAAAGCCACUGCAGACUCAAGGAAAUGCCAAAGACAACCCGAACCAAAAAACCUCACAGUUGUAGAAGAAACUUUGAUCAACUUAAAAUCUGACGAUGCAGUAUUAUCUAAAACAAAUAUGGGAAAUACAAGUCAAAUCGCGGGACCUAGCAAUCACAAAUCUUGUGGUGGCUGUGGUGGAUGCGGUGCAUCGUUAGAACAACUUGCAUUUCUAAUGAAUAAAGCUAUAGUUAACUGGUGUGCUCAAUUGCCAUUACGAUACGGAGUUUGUGGUGAACAUAAUGUAGUACAAAGCACGAAAGGGCUCAUUUCACAAAGAUUAUUCCGAUUUGUAAGCGAGUUGAACUAUCGACCGAAUACGUUAAACAAUGAAGGAUUAUAUGAAUACCAUUUGAAUCUAGAGAUAGAACGUAUUCUUACACAGCUGGCAAAUGAUCGGGCCUACUGGGAAGAGCAACGUAGUAGAAACGAGAGGAAAUACCAGCUCAUAAAUGCACUUAAAGCAAUAAGACCUUUAGUACAAGAGGUAAAAGAUCGAGAACUUUAUAAAGAAAAGCUAAAACACACUAUAUCAAGUUUCCAUGAAUCGAUGGCACAGCAUUCAGGGGUAGAAUUAAACGAAAACACACAAAUGGCUAUUUUAGAUGAUUUCAUACAAUAUAAUAAUCAUAAAGGAGAUUUUGAAAACCAAGAGCUCUACAAAUUAAAGAUAAACAAUACACUAAAUAAUGCAUUAAACGAAGAUGUAGAUCCGUUAUUAACAGCCAAUCGCCUAAUUUGUGAAUUGUCAAAAGUGGAAUUUCCUGCUCAAUCAGCUAAACAGAGGCGAUAUUCGGAACCAAACCCCAUUGCUAUUAACAAUUUGCCUUCAGCUCCCGUAUUAAGACGACAUUCUCUACCCCCGUUACAAAAUUCCAAUCCAAGAUUUGUGAAAUCUCAAAAUGUUAUCCCACAUGAACAGCUUAAUAUGCCAAUUCCAGGACCAUCGUCAUAUCCUCAAAGAGCCCCUUUAUCUACAUCUCUCUCAGCUCCAAGGCAUCAAAGACCUCCUGAUUUCCGACGAAGUCUACCUUUGACAUCAGAAGCAUUUCCGCCACCUCUUUCGCAAGAACUUCCAGUUUUAUACCGGGCUUCUGCUCUUGACAUACGACAGUUUCCUUUGCCUCCCGAGCUCGAUCUGACAAAUGACUCACACGUUUACCAGUCGCCAGUUCGGGGACCCCAAAAAUUUUACAGAGCACCAGAAAAUCAACAGAAUUCUGUUAGAGAGUUUGCUGAGCAAUCGUUUCAUGAACGAGAACCAAUUGUUGAGCAACAAAUUCUAUCUGAAAAUACAGGAGCAAGAGUUAGAACCUGGAAUGGGCCACGCUCUUCGCCAGAAUGUCCGGAAGAAUGGCGAGGUGGAGAGAACCGUCUUGCCGGGCAAGAAUAUUGUGAAACAUGUGAUAGAGACGAUGAUUGUGCUUACUAUAUGCCGUAUCCUCCACGUAUGGAUUACAUGUAUUUCUGAGAUGUUUAAUGCUAAAUAAAUAAAAAUAUUUGUUUUUCUAUUAUCAUAAAAACAUUUUACUUUAUUAGGCACAGAAAAUAUACAACAAACACUAAAAAAUAGAUUAUUUUUUAUAGUAUCAAAAACAAAACACGCAAAUAUACUAAUUAUUUUCGCAAAAAUUCACCAGAAUGAUUGUACAGUUUGGCAAGCCCUUUCCGUCAGUAGAAAAAGGAGGCAAAUUC